GAAAGAAAAAGGAGUGGGAACAGAGGGUUGGGAGGUUGAAUUAGAAGUAGGAAGGGAGGAUUGAACAAAAGAGGUUGGUAGGAAAGUUAGGAAAGAGAGGUCAAAGAGCGCAAGUCUCUUUGGUUCCGUACCGCGUCGUUUAUGAGCGGAACGUGGAGCAAGUUGUGGACGGAGUCACGCGAAGUUACUUAUCCUCCUGCAGUAGAGGUUCCAACCCUCUACGUGGAAAAAGCUAAACGACGUUAAAUUUCUAAAUAGAAAAUCAUUUCAACUUGGAUUUUUUUUUUUUAAAAAAAAGGGAACGAAAAUGAGAUCACCGAUCUAUUCGAUCCUAUUCGUUUUCAUUCGACGUCUAUUAUACAUUUGCAUUCUUUUCGAAAGGAUCUCAUUCGUUUACAGUCAAAAUACUUACGCACGACAAGGACAGGCUCGUGAUCCGCCCAUUGUUAGGAUACCUGAUCAAGGAGUGCUCGCUGGCAAAGAGGUAAUCAUCGGUAGAGGUCAAAAGGUGAUACAAUAUCUCGGCAUUCCAUAUGCUCAACCACCGAUUGGACAAUUACGUUUCUCGAUACCAGUGACGGAUCCUUUACCAUCCUGGAAGGGAAUAAAAAACGCCAGCCAAUAUGGUCCAUCCUGUCAGCAGGUAUCAAAUCGUUUGAAACUGCACGAGAAGCUUUAUGCACGAUUACUACCACAUGACCAGCCUGAUCCGGGUAUGAGCGAGGAUUGUCUCUUUCUAAACAUUUUCGUACCUGACGGCAAACGUCCACCCGAAGGAUGGCCAGUAAUGGUUUGGUUUCAUAGUGGUGACUUUAAUACAGGAACCCCCAAAAUUUGGGACGCCUCGAUUUUCGUCACGAAACAGAAGGUAUUGGUGAUAACGGUGGCAUAUCGUUUGAACAUUCUCGGAUUCUUCACAACGACGGACGGCGAGGCACCAGGCAAUUACGGUAUGUUCGAUCAAAUUGCGGCUUUGGAUUGGAUAAAGAAGAAUAUCGAACAUUUCGAAGGUUCACCAACGAACGUGAUAAUAUACGGUCACAGUUCAGGCGCAAUAUGCGUUGGCUUGCACAUGAUGAGUCCGCUUAGCAAAGGGAAAUUUUCAAAAGCCAUAGCUAUGAGCGGCGAUGCGAUUGGAUCGGUAGGUUCGCCUCAAACCGAGCUACCUGUCGUAGACUUUAUAGCUGAAAAAUUUGGUUGUUAUCGACAUCCGACAACGAAAUUGAUGGAGUGUCUACGUCGAGUGGACGUAUUGGUUUUGGUGAGCCUAUCAUCGGUAAUAGAGACUUGGGGGCCGAUCGUUGAUGCCGAAACAAAUAAUGGUACCGAACCUUUUUUACCAGAACAUCCAAGGGACAUACUAGCUGGUGGUAACUUCAAUGCGGUACCAUUGAUCGCUGGUUACACAAAAAACGAACAAUCAUUAGCUUAUAUAGAGUCGAUGACAUCCGAUGAUGAUGAGUCGAGCGACGGUACUUUGUCCGAGAAAAAAUUCGAAAGUAUGAUAAUCGAAGAAUCGAACGUAAUCUUGAAUAAUAUAGAAGAUAACAGUACGUGUGUAAUGAAACCAGAGAUGUUGUCAGAUGCUAUUCUCUUUUAUUAUAAACCUUAUCCACCCAAUAACGAUCAAGGCGUCCUUAGGGACAAAUAUCUUGAUCUACAAACUGACAAAACUUUUGCCUCGGGUUUGACCUUACUCGCUGGCGAAAUAUCCAAACAGGAGACCUCUUAUGUUUAUAGAUUCGAUUAUCGUCCGAAAACUGACCUUAUGGUACGUGACGUACCCGAAUGGGCUGGUGUCCCGCAUAUGUUUGACCUACCCUUCGUUUGGGGUUUACCCUUAACCACUACAGUCCAAUGGAACCCGGCCGAUAAAAAGAUGUCCGAAGUGAUGAUGAUGAUGCUAGCUAAUUUCGCUAAAACCGCUAAUCCGUCCUUGAACAAUGUCAAAUGGAAUCCGUAUACCAUUAAUGAUCCUGGGAUAUUAAUUAUCGAUAGAAAUGUCGACAUGAACGAGCCGAACGUAAUAGAUUAUAGAGCAUUCGCAUUUUGGAACGAAUAUUAUCCAAAAGUUUUAGAAGAGGCAACUAAUAAUUGUUGCAACGUCACGACCUCGGCUGCAAACAAAUCGAAACUAUCUAUUGAAUUUUUCUUCAUCGUAAUGAUAAUAAAUAUCCCUAUAUACGAAUUGUGUUUUAUUCGUUAAAUAAUAUUUCUAAACAAUCUUCACGAAUUUUACGAAAUAAAACGUACGGAGAGAAAGAGAAAGAGAAAGAGAAAGAGAAAGAGAAAGAGAAAGAGAAAGAGAAAGAGAGAGAAAGAGAGAGAGAGAGAUAGGUUUUUAAUUUUCAAAAGUGAUUUUCAAUUUAACCCUCGGAGACUUACCUGAAAAAUAAUUUAAUAAUAGCAACAUCGUUUUUCGAUACAUUGUGAUAUUUUUGACACGCCCAAUAAAGGUUUUUUUUUCUU